UUUUCUUAAAAAAAAAAAAUACUCUCAAGAAAACCUUAACAAAGCAAUUAAGGGUGAAUACAUAAAUUUUUAAAUUUUAGAUAUGGCUUGUGGGUGUUCAUCAACGGCAAUGGCAGAGAAGAUUUCAUGGAAUUGUGCAUUGUUCGUGGCACUAAUGCUGGUGUUAAGUAGCUGUGAGUCAAACACAAGUGAGUUCACAAUUCAGAUGUUGGAGGAGAAUGUCAACAAUUACAACAACAAGGCUUGUGAUGAGAUUUACGUGGUUCGUGAGGGAGAGACCCUUCAAACAAUUAGUGAAAAAUGUGGUGACCCUUAUAUUGUUGAAGAGAACCCACAUAUUCAUGACCCUGAUGAUGUUUUCCCAGGCCUAGUUAUCAAGAUUAACCCUUUCACCAAUAGAUCAUAA